ACGCUUUCCUCCCCCUCCCCUCUCUCUCAUCAUCAUUCACCUCACUUGGAAAGAAAGUGGCGAAACGAUGCGUUUGAAUUACAUAUAGAAAAAAAAUCGACUAUACCGUUUGAGUUGGAAUGCACCGAUUCGUGAAAUUGAGCGGUACCGAGCGAACGAUUCAGGGUUUUCAGUAUUUGAGAACUUCGACGCCCACUCUCAUUUCUCUCUCCAUCGCUUUCCGAGUUCAUCAUUCCAAAUCAUAAUUUCUCAAUUCGAAGAAGAAGAACUUGUUGCGAUGAAGAGACCAUUUCCAUCGGAAGAUAAAGUUGAUGCUGAUGCAAUGGACUUGUCUUCCCCAAAUUCCGUUCCAUCACUUCACAUUCAACUCCCCAAACUCUCCACAGACAUCAAUGAUUUAGAUGCACUCACCAGACGGGCAGCAAUGUAUCAGGAGUACAUGAAGCAGAUCCCAAUCCCGACUAAUCGAGGCUCUGUCAUUCCGUUCACUUCAUGGAUGGGAUUGGGCAAAUCCAUUAAGCAGCUAUACGGGCAGCCUCUACAUUACCUUACAAAUGUCACCCUUAAGCAAUGGGACCAAUUGAGAAUUGGCAGUGAGGAUGAAUGGAAGCCGUUGGACGAUAUAGUUCAUCCAUGCAAAGGAGAAAUCUCCAUCUGGCUCAUGGAAGAAAUCCAUCGGCAAACCUCGUCACAUUAUCAUAUUGCUAACCUUUGGAAGAAGGACCCAAUGUACAGUGGGUUUGUUGAUUCCAUUUUCCCAAAAUUAGAGCAUACAUCUUGAAUCCUUUACUCCCUGUAUUCUGCGCAUCAAAGUGUUUGUCUCGCAGGAUGGGAUACUACUGCUAAUGAUGGAAGGGGAUUAAUUAUCUUUAGUAUUUGUUUGGUAACUUUGGUAACUUUAUUGUAGUAUUAAGGAUAUACUGAAUGUAUUAAGGAUAUAUUGCAAUAGUGAAGUUUAUUUAAUAAAAAAGAAAUCCAUACUGUAUCCUCAUUUUUAAAACAA